UCACGAUGAUCAUCAGGCAUCCCGUGCUGAACCGGACACGAUUGUCCCUGUCAUGUCCCGCAUUGCCAUUGGGCAGUGGGCACACGUGCGGCUCGCUAAUGCGACUCUCGAUCUGUGGAUGCCUGCGUUCACAGCCCUCAAUGUCCAGCCUUAAAGUCCUGGUCUCUCCGCCAGAGCCAGCCCUCAUAGACCAACUUACAUUCACUUGACAGCUACGAAGCCAGAACUCGAGGUAGUGAUCGUGGACAAGAUUUUGAACAAUGCCAAGCUCGGUAAGCUGCACGCAGAAGCGGUUACGGCGCCAUGCUCCCAAGGUUCGCACAGGAUGUGUUACUUGUAAAACACGGAAGCUGCGGUGUGACGAAACGAAACCAAGCUGCGUGAGGUGUACCUCGACGGGCCGCCGGUGCGAUGGUUACGUCGCCCUGAGAACUCUUCUAUUCGAAAUACCACAAGACAAGGACGAACGGUGGGGUUUCUACUACUUCCGAGACAGGACUUCAAGACAGCUCCUCAGCUUCGCCCAUCACGAUUUCUGGAAUCGCGUGGCCAUUCAAGCUGCCUAUUCCCGUGCCAUUGUCAGGCACGCGCUGGUCGCAAUUGCCUCCUAUCACGAGAGUGUUGACCAUCCUGACCAGCUUCGACGGCUAGACCGCCAGCUGUUCGCCUUUCGCCAAUAUAACAAGGCAAUAACAAGCAUCCUCGAUGCCGGGGCCCACUGUGAUGUGGAGGAUGUUCUGCUGGCAUCAAUCCUAUUCACAUUCCUGGAAAACGUUCGAGGCGCGCUGUCAAGCGCCCUGGUUCACCUUCAUGCAGGACUGCGAGUUCUUUCCGAGUGGCGGUCUUCGCACGGACCUUGGGACAAGGCCAAAGCCUCCAAUCGACUCAUUGAGGAGCAUCUUGCGCCCAUCCUAGCUCAUCUCCAGGACACGGCUGCCACCUUGAUGCCGGUACGACCACAUCAGCCGAUGAUAUCCUCGACUGAUCCGCCAGAGUGUUUUCACUCUCUUCAAGAAAGCCACUUCUAUUUUGAAAAGAUAGUUCGUGGUCUCUGCAGCAGUCUCCAAUCCGUUCAUGAACGGGACACAUGGCCUUACGGUGAUCUGAGCAUCGCUCAAAAGGGGCAGGAAUUGCUAUGGGCAUGGUAUAAUUCCUUCACGAAGUUUCUCGGCAAGGCGAGACACGACGUCUGCUUUUGCUCCGCUCCUUCCUCUCCUUACCACUUUGACGUUGGAGCCUGCUAUUUACAGAUGCAAUUUUGGGCCGCCAUAAUUCGACUGGAGUCAAAGGUAUAUCGAUCGGAAAUGGUGUUUGACAACCAUUUGCCUGAGUUCCAGAUUCUGCUCGACAUGACUGCACAGCUCGCGGACAUGCUUGAUAUGGAAGAGGCAGCUGGUGCUGAUACUUGUCUUGGCUUCCACAUAGAAUACGUUGCUAUCGCCGGGUUUAUCGGAUUGCGUUGUCGGGACCCCGUCAUUCGCAGGGGCGCGAUUGGUUUGCUGCGAUCUCACCCGAGGACAGAAGGCAUUUGGCAAAAUACAGUGUCGGCCGACCUUGCAGAAUUCAUCAUGACACGCGAAGAGAUACAGAGCAACGCUUGCGUCCCCAUCAGCUGUCAUGAUCUUCCUGAACACUGCCGAAUUCAGCUUCUUGCAAGCAGUUUUCUUGUGUAUGACCAGAGAAGCAAAAACUUCCGAAUUGCCCAAGGCGUCUCGUCUCCAGAUCUGAUCAAGAUCAGGGUUAUUCGGUCUGGGAUAAGGCCAGCAGACCAAGACUUUGAAACUUUCUGGAUCGACCGUCGCCCAGAACAGAGCAUGGGUAUGCCCAGAGAUUGCCUCCCGGGCGAUGUAUCAGGUCUCUUUCCGCAAACCGUCGAAACCGAGUCGAAUCUGUGGCGACAAAUGCGCGGUGGGAAAUGGGCCGACUACCUCGAAAGAUCCGCUGCGUCGCAUAUGUGUGGAAAUGUCAAAGGGAUCCAGGGAGGACAUGAGUAAGGAAGGUCCGCCUGAGUUUGCCCGCUGUCAAAGGCACUGCAUUGCUAGACAAUUCCGGGUCUAAAAUUUGAAGACCCAAACUGUCCACCUAGGUCACAAAUUCACAAAUGCUCAAGACCACCGCUAUUGCAGACCUGAUUUCGGCAGCAACGGGACAACGAGGACACAUCUGGAUAGGUGAGGGCACGGGUUCCAGGAUCGAUCCAUCGUUCCUUUGACAGCUUGAUGUUGACUCUAGGCCGUGACAGCAACGUAGGCGUUCUGGAUGGACCACCCGACGACACCAUUGGAAUGGGACAAGUCAGCAGUGAGUUGUCGCGCAGAAUUUCAGCGAUGCAUUUCGCUGGCCUGGAAUCCACC